AUGGCCUUCCGCAGCUGGAAGCGGCUCCUCCUCUUGGGCAGGCAGGACACCUUUGCCAAGGCUUGGAGGAGCAGGAGGGGAGGAGGCCCCUCUCUGUGCUGGAAGCACUGCAGCCAUUGGAGCACCGGCAAGUCUCUGGACCCUGAGGUUAGAGCAUUUUUGGAGGAGAACACAGAGGUCACCAGCAGUGGGCACCUCACACCAGAGAUACGACUGCGCCUCCUCACACCUCGCUGCAAGUUCUGGAAGGAGAAACCUGACCUGUGGCCUUAUGGGGACCCGUUCUGGGCUAUUUACUGGCCAGGAGGCCAAGCCCUCUCCAGGUAUAUUUUAGAUAAUCCACGUGUUGUUAAAGGACGAUCGGUUUUGGAUCUUGGAAGCGGAUGUGGAGCAACAGCAAUAGCUGCUGUGAUGAGUGGUGCAUCGCAAGUCCUUGCUAAUGACAUUGACCCUAUUGCAGGAAUGGCAAUGAUCUUGAACUGUGAACUGAACCACCUGAAUCCCUUCCCCAUCACCAUUAAGAACAUCAUAAACUCAGAGGCUGGCAACUGGGACCUCAUUGUUCUAGGAGAUAUGUUUUACGAUGAACAGCUUGCUGAUGGUCUGCAUCACUGGCUGAGGAAAUGCAUCAGGAUCCAACAAACUGAAGUGCUGAUUGGUGACCCUGGCAGGCAUCAGUUUUUAAGCCACCGCAUUCGCAGUCAGUUGCACAAAGUCAUAGAAUAUUCACUUCCUGAGUAUACUAGACAAGAGAACAAUGGAUUAACAUCAAGUAUCGUCUGGAGCUAUCAGCCCUCAGAUAGCUUGGAGAGCUGCUAA